AUGAUAGGAUUUAACAUGAUAAUUUGCAGGUAUGCUCCAGCAACUCAAUUGUGGAGAGGCAGACUCCAUGUGAUGGGUGGCAGCAAAGAAAACCGCCAUACGCCUAGUGUGGAUCACUGGAGUAUUGCUGUGAAGGAUGGCAAAGCAUUGGAGAAAGAGUGGCGGAAAGAAGCACCCAUUCCCCGUGGGGGACCACAUAGGGCUUGUGUUGUGAUGAGUGAUCGCCUCUUUCUUAUUGGUGGUCAAGAGGGUGAUUUUAUGCCCAAGCCUGGGUCACCAAUUUUCAAAUGUUCUCGUAGGCAUGAGGUGGUUUACGGGGAUGCUUAUAUGCUGGAUAGUGAAAUGAAAUGGAAAGUGUUGCCUCCCAUGCCAAAACCCAACUCUCACAUAGAGUCGAGCCUUGCGGCUAUAAUGGAAACGUAUCAUACAAAAGAAGACGAUUGUAAAAGGAAUGCAUAUAUGGAGGCAGAGUUGCAAUGUUCAAAUGGUAUACAAAGCAUGGAAAGGAAGCUGAGAAUAGCUUGCCAUGCUAGUGAUGCUAAUAUUGAUAAUGUUCUUAAGGUUUGA